CCGCCGACAGCAGCGCCGAAUGGCGGGAAAUGUUGUUGUGUUAUGACAUUUGCUUUGUCAUUAUAAUAUUUUAUGUCUAUUGUAAAUUUCCGGUCAACACAAACAUGGCAGAAAAACAGAUGGAAUACAGCAUUGGAGACAAGGUGUUUGCAAAAGUCAAAGGCCAUCCAUUUUGGCCGGCACGGGUGAUCAUGGCACCGGAGGGAGUGAAUCUUCCUGUUGGAAGAUUCUUCCUCAUGUUCUAUGGGACUCACGAAACCGCGGCCCUUUGGCCAAGAAAUCUUGUGCCGUAUACUGAAGAGACUAUAGCCAAGCAUGGUAACAAGCCACAUAAACGCAAAGCCUUCCACGAUGCCAAGUGGGAAAUCGUACAUAAUCCUGACGUAGACCCAGAGAUACUUAUACCAUUAUCACAGUCAUCCCUGGAGAGCAAGGCGUCGCCAAGAAAAAAAAGGUAUCCAUUGCGUGAAGGCGAUACAAAGAAAUCUGAAGACCAGGCACCGAAAGUGAAAAAGGAGAAACUUGACCUGCCGGCUUCCCCGCCUUCAGUUGAGAGCAGUCCUUCAAUAAGCAGCAGUGGGCGCAGGAUCAAGGCCAGAAAUCUUGGCGACUUUGUUCUUACGCGACCUGUCCAACUUGGGUCGAGUCCUAUCAAAUCAAAUUCUGGAAUCUCUGCCGGUGUCGCAGUAAAAGGCGAGGAGCUGUCUGCGAAGGAAGCUUCUGAAACCAGCGUGACUCCCACGUUCGUCGAUGCAGCAGUUCAAAGUUUACCUGUUAGAAGACGUAGGAGCCGGCUGAGUGUAGGAGCCAUCAGCCCCGUAGUAGCAGCACGGCAGGAAUCAAGCGAUGUCCUCAUUAAGAGUCCCAAAGUCACAAGGUCCCACCGUCGGACGAUAAAAGAGCAUUCGGUGACUCCUGACGCCCUCGUGCAGCGCGUGAAAGUCGAGCCUGUCGAUUCUGACGUAGAAGUGGAGCCGCACGUACAGGAGUCACAGAGUCCGCAAAUGCCACGCGCUGUAGAGAAGCUCAUAGUGCGGACGUCGGGCAGCGGCGGAGGUGUCAUGUCUGUCACUAGAGGGCGUGGAGCACUUGCGCCGAGAGGAGCUUCCGUCAAUGUGGCUGGAAGGAAGCUAGCAGUGAGACCGUCGGCCAUAUGGCCGACGCGGGAAACGAGAACGAAAUUCGUCGUGCCAUUCAAAGGGCGCGCUGCCGCAGCGGGUGGGACCUCCACAACACGGGCAGCAGCUGCAGUGCGGAAAAGGCGAUCAAGAAACCAACCCAUCAUCGAAUCAACGGACGAGGAUGGAACGGAAGAUGGGUCAGAGUCGAAAACGGAAACCGAGACAGAAGGAGAGGCAGACACUAGGAACAGUGAAGGCAAAGCGUUGCCCAGUGGUGUGCCAUCAUUCCGUGUGCCAGAUCGCAAUAGUGUAGAGAAGAUGCAGCAGCAGCGAAGGGCAGAGUGGCAAUGGCAAGAGGCAACACGCAUCAACAAUCUCAGAGGAAUCCAAAAUGCUAGGGAAUAUUCAGAGUACCGAGAGAUGAUGUCUAAAAGGAAGCCCAUGAGCAGAAGAGAGGAGAAGAUGCAGGAGAGACUGAGGCGUGGUCAGUGGGAGUUACAGCUGGCCAAGAUCAACUUCCACAUCAUCAAGUCUCUACCAGCCGGCAGCAAACCAGAUGUGAAAGCGUGUGACAUGGCCAUGCAAGAGUUGGACCCAUUACCAUUGACUGCUAACAUGCUAAAAAAGAAUCCAUACAUUGUGAGGACAAUCAGAAAGGUGCGUUGUUUCAGACAGCAUCGAAAAUUGCAGAACAAAGCUGAGGACCUUUAUAACCGGUUCAAAGCGAUGUUUAUUAUUCCAGAAAUCGGUUCAUUCGAUGGGACUUUCGAUAAUGCAAGCAGGACGUACCUGGAGAGAUAUCCACAGGUGAAAACGGGAGAUGGCAAGUUGCCUGGGCAGAAACCAACAUACUUUGAACGUAUGUGGCGUCAAGAGCAGAAAGGAAUUGAUCCGCGUGCUGACCUAUCAGACGACAGUCAUGGUGAAAACGCAGUCGUGCCACAACAGAACUACAUUUCUACAAACACUGAAGGAGAAACAGUAGACAACGAUAAUCUACAGGAUAAAGAUAUAGCAGCUGCUUCUGUAGCCAUAGUUGAAGAACUGCUCAAUAGAGUUGUUACUGAUGAGGAAAAUGACAGCAAUGCCCAGUCUGCUCCAGUACUAGCUGAGAUAACUGAUAAGGUUACCAAGGAAACAGAGUGUGCUGCAGUGGAGAAUGUUCCCAUGGAAACAGCUGAUGGUGAAAAUGAUGUGACAAUGGCAGUCAAGGAGUGUAAUGAUUCUGAAGACACAAACCUAGGUAGAAAAAGGUUCACGAGGAGCUCGCUGACGAAAACCUGAAGCUAUAACAAGAUGGCAGCAUGGUGUCACCUCGAUUCCAUGAUGGACACGACACUAGCUCAUCCGUGUAGAUUGCAGUUAAAGACACUUAAAAGGGUGAAUAACAGCAUGAGCAUAUCUCCUGUUAGAUGAGAAUUAUCCGAGUCAAGACGUGUUCAAUACUAACUUGAACAUAUCUACACAAUGUAUUGAUAUAGAUCAGGAUAUAGAUGGACAUAGAUACAGUGUAUAGGUAUAUUAAUGGUACUACGUAGUUGGAUAAGUAUGUAGGGGUCAUGAGGUUUGUACAUGAAACUAGUAUAUAUAGUUGUUGAUGAGGAUACUGCCAAGUUGGUCAUAAAUGUUCGUGGAUCUUUGCAAGUGGGUUAGAUGUGCAUUGUUUAAUUCAUUUUUAUUAUAAUUGAUUUCAUAUACAUUAGUAAAGAUGUAUGUUUGCACAUUUGUAUUUGUAAACUUCAAUAAAAUGUUAGUUUUAAACUUAA